UGUCGGUGCGGGCCGCGCCGGGGCCCCGCGGGGACGCUGCAGCCGGAGCCCGGAAGGGGCCGCGCCGCCGCCGUCUCGACUAGGAUGUCCCGACAUGAAGGUGUCAGCUGUGAUGCAUGUUUAAAAGGAAAUUUUCGAGGUCGCAGAUACAAGUGUUUAAUUUGCUACGAUUACGAUCUUUGUGCAUCUUGUUAUGAAAGUGGUGCGACGACAACAAGGCAUACAACUGACCAUCCAAUGCAGUGCAUACUAACAAGGGUAGAUUUUGAUUUAUACUAUGGUGGGGAAGCUUUCUCAGUAGAGCAGCCACAGUCUUUUACUUGUCCCUAUUGUGGAAAAAUGGGUUACACGGAGACAUCUCUUCAAGAACACGUGACUUCUGAGCACGCAGAAACAUCAACCGAAGUGAUUUGUCCAAUAUGUGCGGCGUUACCCGGAGGAGACCCUAAUCACGUCACGGAUGACUUUGCAGCUCAUCUUACACUUGAACACAGAGCCCCUAGAGAUUUAGAUGAAUCCAGUGGUGUUCGCCAUGUCCGUAGAAUGUUUCACCCAGGCCGGGGAUUGGGCGGUCCCCGGGCCCGUAGAUCAAACAUGCACUUUACUAGCAGUUCUACUGGCGGGCUUUCCUCUUCACAGAGCUCAUAUUCUCCAAGCAAUAGGGAAGCCAUGGACCCAAUAGCUGAGCUUUUAUCUCAGCUCUCAGGAGUGAGACGCUCUGCGGGAGGACAGCUCAACUCCUCCGGCCCUUCCGCUUCCCAGCUGCAGCAGCUGCAGAUGCAACUGCAGCUAGAACGGCAGCACGCGCAAGCAGCCCGGCAACAGCUGGAGACGGCCCGCAACGCCACCCGGCGCACCAACACAAGCAGUGUCACCACGACAAUAACGCAAUCCACAGCAGCCACCAACACAGCCAACACGGAAAACAGUCAGCAAACGAUUCAGAAUUCCCAGUUUCUUCUCACCAGGUUGAACGACCCAAAGAUGUCUGAGACGGAGCGUCAGUCUAUGGAGAGCGAGCGCGCCGACCGCAGCCUGUUCGUUCAGGAGCUUCUCCUGUCCACCUUGAUGCGGGAAGAAAGUUCGUCCUCAGACGAGGAUGAGCGGGGGGAGAUUGCCGAUUUUGGUGCUAUGGGCUGUGUAGAUAUUAUGCCUUUAGAUGUUGCUUUAGAAAAUCUAAAUUUAAAAGAGAGUAAUAAAGGAAAUGAGCCUCCGCCACCUCCUCUUUGAUGACAUCCCAAUAAGCAGACAAUGUCCUCUGUGCUGUAUUUGCCAAUGAAAGUGGACAACUAUCUUGGGUUUGUUUUGGUGAUUGUAAUUUCAGGUCUGUCACUCUUGUUACAUUGUGUACAUUCAAAAGGAAGAGAGAGAAAAGAAAAUAUAUAUGAUAAUCAUUUCCACUUAACUAAUUUUUACUUCUAGCAGGUAAACGUAGGAAGCAGUGCGGAGAUGAUCUCUGCUUCCUGUACCUUGACAUGCAAAAGGCUCUGCUAAUACUCCACAUUCAAACUGAAGAGGAAAAUUGAAAUCUCUAAUGAAGCUGCUGUGUGUAUUUAUGAAUAUUAAUGAAUAAAAACUGCUUGGAUGGUUUACCUUAACUACUGCAUGAGGUUUUUUGCAGCGUGCAUGAGUUUUAGUGACCUUGUCAUUUAAAAAAAAAAAAAGAAAUACAAGGAGUAACACUAUAAGAACCCAAAGCUUUUCCUAGACAUUAUUCAAAGGUUACGACGUCGAGCGGGCGGCCCCGGUCUGUAGCCAGGGAGUAGCUUUUGAAUAAUGUGUGACCGAACCUCCUUCCUUUAUGUGCCUACCCUGCGCAUAAAGCCAGAUCUGCCGUGGACCCCCUGGGGGUGGCAUUUUGACUCGAUGUGACUUUCCCUCCCCUUUACAUCCCCCUCCCACCACCCGCUAGCCACCUGCCUCCACGUGAAGUUCCACCUCGCUUUUUAACGCAUCUCUAGAAGACACAACCGUUACGGCUCCUGUCGGAAUCUGCUGCAGAGGGCUUUUUGCGCGCCCUCAGAUCCGAUCCUGUUCUCCAUGUUUGUUUUACUGUCUUUACUUUGGUGGUUGUUUAAGAUUUUUCUUUCCAACUGUUUAAAAAAAAAAAAACAUGUUUUAUUCAGGUGUAGAUGGAUUCAUUGAUUCUCUGUGCAAAAAAAAAAAAAGUUAACCUGGAUAAUGUUGUCUUCGUUUUAAAAGCCUCACAUUCUCGCUCGUGUUCUGAGUUUUUUAUGUAUUUGCUUCAUAGUUUGCAGAGACUUGUCAGUGUCAGGAGAGCUCGAGGAUUUCACUUUCCCAGACCUUGUCAAUAUAUUACAAAUGAAUUCUUACUGCUAACUUUAGCACCUUCUAUUUAUUGUUUUUUAAUUCCUCUUCUGGCAUAAAAAAGUAAAGCCUUUUAAUUGAAUCAUGCCACCUACAUGCCUAUGCGUAUAAUCCUAUAUGUAAAAAGAAUGUACAGUGGUUUUGGGGGGCAAAGAGGGAUUUGGGUGGGGUUUUUUGUUUUGUUUUUUGUGCAUAGACUUUCAUAAUGGCCCCAGGACAGGGACAGCAGGUAGGGGGAGGGGGUGGGAUUGGAAUGUAAAGUUAGAACUUGAAAACCAUGUGCACAGCUUCCACUCGAUUGAUGACUAGGCUUAUCAUAAUCAUGUCUUCUUGCCGGAUUCUCCUCUAAAUCCUUCUCUCUCCCACCACCCUUUACCUCUUUUCUCUGUGUCCUUCCAUUUCUGCAAAGCAACAUUUUAGAAUUAAAUUACAGACUUGAAUACCCACCGGUGUUCUCGACACAACUGUGACCUAUAUGUUAAUUUAAAGUAGCCGCCGACACCACCACCCCUCCCACUCCACCCCCCACCCCCGCUGAAAAAUUGUUUCCGUUUCAUUCUCAUUUUCCGGAAGCCUUAGAAUCCAGUGAUUUCCACACAAUAGUAGCUUUGUUUUUCUUUAGUCUCUGCAACAGGAAAAUGUUUCAAGGGAAAAUUUUACUCCAGGGCUCUGUUAUCCUAGGAGUUAACCCCAGUAGGGAUUUUUUUAUUGAUUGUUGAGGAUUUUCAAAAACAAUUUUCAAGCUGUAGUCUUUUCGAACACAUCUUCUGCACAUUACAAUAAGACACACAGUUCAAUAAAGCAUUUUCAAGACUGUU